AUGUCUUCACUUUUUGACACUGAGAGCGACGAUUCAGUUGAAAUAGUAGACUUAACGUCUGAUGACAAUAACGAUAAUGAGCAGGAGAAUAAUAAUAGUGAUGAUCUUACGGAAAAAAUUGCAUAUUUUACAAAAAGUUUAACUGCAAAGCAUAUUCAAUUUUCAGCCGUUUCUGUUGAAUAUCCACCUACUGAUCCUAAAGGUUAUGCGAUCAUUUAUAAUUUUAUUAAAAGUGAUAAUUAUUCAACAACAAAUAAUGAUCAAAUUCAAAAAGCGAUGAAAAAUAAAGCUCGAACUGUUUUUCAUCAAUAUUCACAAGAAGGAAAAGGCGGUGCCUCAUAUGUAAAUUGUCCAUUUUUUGAAGACCCGAAUAAUAAGCAAAUUCAAAUUAUCAAAGAUCAAAGAACAUGCGGAGGAAUUAAAAUUUGUUCUUUUGCACAUGAUUAUUUUCAUAAUUAUACACAUACCAAUGUUGAUUUUGAUUCAAAUAUAUUUCAAUCAAUCAAAAAUAAUGAAGAAUUACGAACGGCCAAGAAAUUACCUUGUCCAUAUAUUCAAGAAAAUGGUAGUCAAUGCAAUGGUGAACUAAAACAUGGCACUUCAGGGCAUCGGUAUUUACCUAUUGGAGAAAAUAUAGAUCGUCAACUUUUAAAAAAUCUAAUUAAUGGGAUGCCAUUAAAUGAAUGUGAAAUAGAUAAUACUU